AUGGCUCCUGGAAAUAGUUCUUUUGUGACUGAAUUCGUCUUGGUGGGUUUAACAGACCGGCCAGAACUCCAGCUUCCCCUGUUCCUUCUGUUUCUACUAGUCUACAUUGUCACUGUGCUAGGGAAUGUGAGUUUGAUGUUAUUAAUUGGUCUGAAUUCACACUUGCACACCCCCAUGUACUUCUUUCUCUUUAACUUGUCCUUUGUAGAUUUCUGUUACUCUUCUGUGUUUACUCCCAAAAUGCUGGUUCACUUCACAUCAAAGAAGAAUAUUAUCUCCUACAAUGGAUGCAUGGCCCAACUUUACUUUUUCUGCUUUUUCUCCAUUUCUGAAUGUUAUGUGCUGACAUCAAUGGCCUAUGAUCGCUACGUGGCCAUCUGUAACCCACUGCUGUACAACACUGCCAUGUCCCCUAAGGUGUAUUCUGGUCUGAUGCUUGGUACAUAUUUUAUGGCUUUUUCUGGUGCGAUGGCCCAUACAGGAUUCAUGCUGAGACUGACCUUCUGUGAUGCAAAUACCAUCAACCACUAUUUCUGUGACAUCCUCCCUGUGCUCCAGCUCUCCUGCACCAGCACCAAUGUCAAUGAGAUGGUAGUUUUUGUUGUGGUGAGCAUCAAUAUUGUUGUGCCCACGUUCACUAUCUUUUUUUCUUAUGGCUUCAUCCUCUCCAGCAUCUUCCGCAUGAGCUCCACAGAGGGCAGGUCCAAAGCCUUCAGUACUUGCAGCUCCCACAUAAUGGCUGUUUCUCUCUUCUUUGGAUCAGCUUCUUUUAUGUACCUUAAACCGUCUUCUCCUAUGUCAGUGGAUCAGGGAAAGAUCUCCUCAGUGUUUUAUACCAAUACAGUUCCUUUAAUGAAUCCCAUAAUCUAUAGCUUGAGAAAUAAAGAUGUUAAACUUGCCCUGAGAAAAAUCUUGAGGUGA